UAAAAAUUGAGCGCAGGACACGCAGGUCCACAUGGCGCCACCAAAACGGGCAACUCGAAGGCCCGUGGUGACCCGCGCGCCGCUGGCGUCGACGCAAAUCGUUCCGUACACGGGCUCAUUCACAUGCAACUCGGUCGCGUUCAUCGACAAGCCCGACUUGGAAUUUGGCGACAAAGUCAUCCUCCCCCCGAAUGUGCUGGUGGAGAUCCAACGGCUCAAAAUCCCAUUGCCCCUCUUGUUCAAAUUGACAUCGUCGCACGCGUCAUCAUCCGAGUGCUGUCAAUACUGCGGCGUGAUGGAAUUCAGCGCUCCCGUUGGACAAAUGUAUGCCCCGUACUGGAUGAUGCAGCAACUGGGCGUCGAUGAAGGGGCCAACGUCCACUUGGAAAGCGCGCUCUCUAUCCCCCGAGGCUUGUACUGUCAGCUCCAACCCAAUCGACUCGAGAUCCUCGACAUCGCGGCGUCGAUUGGGCCCAAGAUCCUGCUCGAGUCUGCCAUGCGGCGGUAUUCGUGCUUGGGUGUGGGCGGAACGAUCAUGAUUGAAUAUGGAGAUGAAAGGUUCUUCCUCAAGCUUGUCCAAGUCAAACCAGGUCCGGUGGUGCACUUGUUUGGCGAUGUCGAUCUCGAAGUCGACUUCAAAGUCCCAGACAGCACCGACCCCCGUCGUCCCGAUUCGGCCCUUCAUCGAGACACAUCCACAGACACGUACGGAGCUCAUGCACCACUCACGCAAGCGGCAGCACCUCCGCACGCUGCAGAUACCUCUGCGAGUGCUGUCUCGUCGUAUGGCCGACGAUUAGCCGACGGUGGGUACGUGCCGUCGACGGUGCCGCAGAGCUGGUCGCCCCCCAUCGCCCCUCUAAAAAGAGUCGGGGCAGCAGUCGACACAUCCAUGUCAUUGAAACAUGCCCAAACCAAAGCGAAGAAACAAACCGAGGGUCUCGACCCGCUCAAAUUCAAAGCCAUGAAAGCAUUCUCAACUGUUGGGUAUACUUUGACGGCAUCACCAGCCCCAGCUGAACAGGCCGUGCCGUGCACCACUGCCCCCGACGCACCAAAGACGGAAAGUCAUGACGAUGCUGCGAGACCCAACCCCCCCACAGGACCCCCCGUGGGACAUGCUGCCCCCAACGAAGCGAUAUCGUGCCCAUGCUGCCUUGCCGAUCUCCCGCCCGCAAAUGCAGACCUCCACAUGUUGCGGUGCAAACAGCACACGGCAUACCAUCGAUUUGUCUGCGGCACAUGCCACGAACGAGUCCUCCGAACGCACGCACAUGACCACGUACAUUGCGCCAGCUGCCAUUUUAUCGGGUCGAGUGCCGCCGUGGCUGCGCACACUGCCGAGAUCCAUGCCCCCGUGAAAUGUACUUGCGGCGCAUCGUUCCCUGCUGACGCCAUGGCCGUCCACAAAGGAUCAACUUGCCCCCAUGCGAUCGUCCAGUGUGGACUCUGUUUCCUGUCCUUUCAACACCAAAAGUUCGCCGCGCACUACUCCGUCUGCUCCAACCGCACCCAGCAAUGCGAGGUCUGUAACAAGUACGUAAACGUCGUGUCGUUUAACCAGCACAGCGACGAGUGCGUGCGCAUUCUCCCUGCUGUCUCGACUGCCCCUCCUGCAAAGGCGACCCGAGCAGCGAUCAAAUCCACUGCGUCCGACGUCGUUGCGCCUCUGGAGUCACCGACCUUCCAUGGCGACGACGGUACCACUGCCGAAACGUUCUCGUGUCCGUACUGCGGCGACGCUGCCUUCGCCAACAUCUUUGCGUUGGACCGCCACACGGAAUCACGAUGCCCCAUUGCCAAGUACGUUGUGACAUGCCGUUUGCUAACGUGGUCGGUCGCGCGGCAUUGACAUCGCGCGGCAUUCCAGGAACUUCCACGCGACCAACGACGCCCCGAUCCUUCGCGGGAAGCUGCGCCGAAAGACUGACUUGGACAAAUCGUCCUCGUCGGCGCGAUCCAUUAGCCAUGGAGGGGCUCUUGCGAUGGCUGGCGAGCGAAUCGUCCAGCCGACGAAACCUGCCAAAAAAGCAACGGCGUCGCCGCCUCCACAAAACAAUCAGCACGUUCUGUUGGGACCAUCGGAUGCAAAAUCGAAGCGGAACAGCUCCAUCGAGUCGCUUGUACAAGGCAAUGCCAUGGGGCUCAGCACGUCCAAAGCCGCGCGGCACAAACAAGUCGAGUCGCUUCUGGGGAGACCCGCGGCGUCGUCCCUACAGAAGAGAUAGCAAGCAGAUCGAACGUCCUAUAAAGUUUUGACGCUAGAACGCAUCGACCACCACGUCGUCGUUGCUGAGCUCACGGCAUAUCGUCGGUUUGAAAGUGGCCGAGCUCGGUGUCAUCCGCACGUCUGGAUGUUUUGUGGGGUUUCGGGGAGAGCCAUGGGGGAUGAUGGAUGGUUGUGUUUGGAGCGAUCGAUACAUUCCAUUGACGCCACACCCAGUUCCAGCACCUACUCCAAUGUAAACUCGGUUGUUUCGAGGUUGACGAGGGCGAGCACAGCUUCCUUUAACAGCUCCCGAGUCGGGUAAAUUGGCAAAUCGAUGCGGUUGAAGCACGAGUGCGCUUUGGGAAAGAUGCCGCGGGAGUACGGCACCGCUUUGAGUGAGAACGGACAGAGCUUGCCGUCGUACGACGUCAGGCCUUUGAAGCCCUGGAGCGGCACCCGCGAUGACCCGGUCGCAAACCGGAGCAACUUUGCUCGAUCGGCAUCACUCAGUUCGUGCUCGACAAUGUCCCAGAACCACUUGAUGCACUUGGACGUUUUCAACGCGACGCUAACACUUGUGGACGCCCGCCAGUCGGCCACGUCAAUGUGCGAGUGCCCGCACACGAGAAGCUCGAGCUCUUUGUGGUCGAAUGGCAUGAGCAGCUCCGCCGGCACGACCUAGACGUGACAUGUCCGUUCGAUAUGAGGUGGGGUGCAGCCCACUCGGCAGCUAUCCCAGCAUCGCCUG